UCCGCCCUUCCGCCUUCCCUCCCUCGUUGGGUAACACAUAGAGAGGGUAUAAGAAGAAGAAGAAGCUAAGCGGCUGCUCCUCGUGUCAUUUGUGCUAUUCUGCGUUGGAACGAGCUCAACAACCACACCGACCGAGGGAAUUCAAAAAUGGGAGUGGUGACAAUACGAGUGGAAUACUGCGGCAACUGAGGCUACGAGCCCCGUUAUCGGGAGCUCGCCCGGGUCGUCAAGGGUGAGUUUCCUGAUGCGGAUGUGUCGGGCUUCGUGGGCCGGAGAGCCAGCUUUGAGAUUGAGAUCAACGGGCAGCUGGUUUUCUCCAAGCUCGAGCUGGGAGGAUUCCCCUAUGAGGAUGAUGUAAUGGAAAUCAUCCAGAAAGCUCACGAAGGCAAACCUCUGGCGAAGAUCACCAAGAGCCGCGCGCCGUGCGUCAUCAUGUAAACAAAGUGGUGCAUCUCGUCUAAAACCUGGCCUGGCUUUCCCCCAAUGCUUUCCUUCUUCGGGAAACAAAACAACCUUGGCAAUUCGGAGCAAGGCAGCAGUUGGGGAAAGCGCAGCUCGCUCCGCCUCGUUCACUCUUGACGCCGAACCGCUGGACUAAUAAUGACUAGCGCCGCCUCAAAAUAAGCCACGCGGCUGCGUUACGAUGAUCUCUCAUGCCCGGCGGUUCUGCAGCUCGUCAGGAGUGCUCGACGGGGACAGCAGGUUUUGUAUGCGUAGAAUGCAAGGUCAGUAAUAAGAAGUCAGGAACCUAAGUCCUUUUUUCAAUAACGGUUUCCAGAGAGAUACUGUGCUUGCUUUGCUCUUUGCAUUGGAUUGGUCGAAUGAAAUCUCUGCACUCAAAUUUCCGUCAGGGCCAGCCAUCACCGCCCAGCCUUGAACCAUUGUUUUCCCUCGUUGGGCAUCCCAGCAACAGGAGGCAGGGAGACCUGGGUCCCCAACGUGAGAAAUGAUUCUGGCUCUUACCCAUUUAUCAGUGAACAGCAGAGCUUCGACUGACUCUGUGUAACACGAUGACACGGUGUAUUAGUAAGGGCCAAUGUUCACGCUAGGGGGCGCUAGGUUGUCAAAUACUGUAUGCCUAGUGUAGUUUGUUUGUGCUUUGUUUUCUCAAGGUUAGAUUGAAGAUUGGUCUUUUUGCCUAAGCACCAGUAUCUUUUUUUUUUUUUCUCAUCUUUUCCACGUAAGACGUGAAAAAAAAAAAAAAAGGAAACCGCAUUUACUUGGAAACUAACGAGGACUGUGAAGAAUUGAAUACAAAAAAAUAUAAUUGCAAACUGGAUUAGAUGUUUAAAUAUAUAGUGCUGAAAAAAUGCUCAACCUUUUUUGUAUUCUGACCAUGUAUAUGCAAAUAAAUGCUUAAAGAAC